AUGGUAUCUUUGCAUCUUUUACGUCAUCAAAUUACGUCAUAUUCCUUCCAUGUUCUUUGGAAAUCCACGCGAUCGGAACCGAAUCAAGAUGUUUUCGGCAUUAUUUGACACCGUUAAACGCAACCAUUUUUCAAGCCCGUUCAUCACGACGGCGCGAUGUGAAGGUGAUGGUGCCCCGACACUUCCAUCGGAAAAUUUAUCACAAAAUCUACCAACCACAAUAACGACGCCGAAGCUUGCAAGUGUAGACGAAGAGACCAGCUGCGAGUUUGGAACGGCCAAGUACUAUGCAAUAUGCGGGUUCGGUGGUAUCCUCAGUUGUGGGAUAACCCACACAGCUGUUGUACCUCUAGAUCUUGUCAAAUGCCGUAUCCAGGUCGACCCAGUGAAAUACGUAGGCAUCUUCAAUGGCUUCAAAGUAACAGUGAGAGAGGAGGGUGUCCGGGCACUGGCCAAGGGCUGGGCCCCGACCGCCAUCGGCUACUCCAUGCAGGGCCUCUGCAAGUUUGGUUUCUAUGAGGUGUUCAAGGCACUCUACAGCAAGCUCCUAGGAGAAGAGAAGACUUACCUGUACCGGACAUCGCUGUACCUGGCUGCCUCGGCUAGCGCCGAGUUCUUUGCCGACAUCGCACUUGCACCCAUGGAGGCCGUCAAGGUGCGGGUCCAGACGCAGCCGGGCUUUGCGUCCACCCUGAGGGAGGGUGUCCCCAAGCUGUGGGCCAUGGAAGGCAUCAGAGGCUUCUACAAGGGUCUGCCCCCUCUUUGGCUGCGGCAGAUCCCCUACACCAUGAUGAAGUUUGCCUGCUUUGAGCGGACCGUUGAGUUCUUGUACAAGUAUGUGGUGCCCAAGCCGCGCUCGGAGUGUUCUAAGCCCGAACAGCUAGUCAUCACCUUCCUGGCUGGCUACAUCGCUGGUGUCUUCUGCGCUGUUGUCUCUCACCCUGCCGACACCGUGGUGUCCAAGUUGAACCAGGACAAAGGCAGCACACCCCUGGAUGCCGCCAGAAAACUUGGCAUGGCUGGCUUGUGGAAAGGUCUGUUCCCUCGUAUCAUCAUGAUCGGUACCCUGACCGCCUUGCAGUGGUUCAUCUACGACUCUGUCAAGGUGUACUUCAAGCUGCCCCGCCCACCACCACCCGAGAUGCCCGAGAGUCUCAAGAGGAAGCUGGCCGCCAAGGAGGGCAACUAAAACCAGAACGACACGUCUGGCCAGAUUGGGGGGGGGGAAAUACUGGCAAAUAAAGACAACAGAUCAGAAACGUAAUGAAAUUAGAAAUCAUAGUCAAAUAGUUUGAGCCACAGUCAAAUAAUCCACUGGGGUUAGUCACUUCAACAAAGUUGGAACAAAGUAAAAUUAGAAAUGUGGCGUUUGUGACCGCUGAUAAUAAUCUGCAGCAGUCGGCCUUGACAGGUGUUCUAGUUUAAGGGAUCAUUCAAAAACAAAACUGCAUGUUAACUGGUACAUUUUUUCACAACUUUCAUGACCUCACAACAGCUUUAGAAAACAAGAUUGUUCAAGAAGUUUUUCACUGAACUGACGAGCAUUUCUCCUCGUAGUUUAAUGAUUUCAUCUGAAUUCUUUGUUCCAUAUUCCAGUGUGACUCAUUGAAUUGAGUUUCUAAUCGGCAUUGGUGUGUGAGAUUUUUAGGCUUCCCCAAGAAAAGGUUCCGAUUUUCCAUGAUUAAUAUAAUUCACAAAAACAGGCCACCUUCUUGGUCAGUAGCUGUUACUCAUUUCCGUAAUACUCGCGUGCCUCGUGUAUGGUAUUUUACAUUGAUUUUAUGUUUGUUGUAUGUAUUGUGAUGUGAACCAUUUCAAAUAUGUCGUAUUUCCCAGACUUUAUUUCAAUUUUCCCCCUAGAAAUUCAGUUGUACAGUUCAUCACCUUCAACCCAGUCUCCAGCCUUGGUCUGCUAGGAAAAGAUGAUUUAUGUUCAUUUCAUUUGAAACUGUCAUGGUUUGUGGUUCUUUCCUUGGUUUUUAAGGUGUGUUGUGUUUUCCUGUCUCUUUUGCGUACACAUUCAAUUCAUUUGGAGGUUAUUAAAAGAACUUUCUGAGUGGUCAGCGUAAGUGCUGUAGACAGCAUGAGUAAACUUUGAAGAAUUCAUAAAUGCGAAAAGUGGAAGGGACGAUUGCGUGUGUGUUUUGGGCAUAGUUUUUGUUAAGUGGGUAGAACACACCAAAGGCUGGUUCACAUUUCAAGGAAUUCACGCAUUUCAUGCUGGAGUAGAAAUGUACUCAAUUUUUGCAAAGUUGAACAUUUUUAUCUGCAGUUGACCACUGUUGGCAUCACACAUUUUUGUGAAGUCUGAAUAUAACUUCCAUCUUUUUCCGUUCCUCCACAUUUUAAAUACAUGUACCUCACCCGAUACUAACUUAUAGUAACACUCUAAGAACGGCAAGCCAUCGAUACAGUCAUUUGCUGAGGAUAGUGAAAUAUUUUUAAUACAGUAAUUGCCGUGUUUGUGACUGUAAUUGACUAUUUUAUUGUAAUAUUUAUGGUGUAAAGAGCUUGCGUUGUAGAAUAAUGUGCUGGAGAUGCGUGAACUUUUUGCAACCACUUGACCCGUUUUCCCUAUCCGAAAAAGGUUGAAUACGGACAAAACGUCACUACAAAAAUGUGUUUGAUAUUAGGAUCUGCGGAAUUACAACUGAAUAAACAGGAAUUGAGUUUGAAAUAGA